AAAAUAGUUUAAUAAAAUGCCACAUAAUCACACUAACAAGUCGGAAGAAGUACUAGAUCCGGUGGAAGAAAUGCUGAAGAAAACCGGUUGUUUGGAUUUGCACUUUAAAGUGCAAAAGUGCAUUGCUGAGACCCAGGACUGGAGGCAGUGUCAGCUGCAGGUGAAAGACUUCCGUGCAUGCAUGGAGAAGAACAAGAAGAACCACUGAUACUGACUAUAACCGAGGUGUGAGAUGGAGGGCUCUGGAACCCUGGUGAACGGCGCGUGGUUCGCGACAGGCGUGGCUUGUGGCGUGAUGCUGCGCUGGGUGGCCGGCCGGUGGAGGAAGUCCCCGGGACUGAGUGUGCCCCCGCCAAGGAAGGCCAGAGGGAACUUCAAGAUGGUGUUCGUGGUGCGCACGGACUUGGGCAUGGGCAAGGGGAAGAUAGCGGCACAGUGCGCUCAUGCAGCGGUCGACUGCUACCGGCUGGCCCUGCGCGACCGUGAGGGGGUGCUGAGGGCCUGGGAGGGUCAGGGCAUGCCCAAGGUGACGCUCAAGUGCACCGGUGAGGGGGAGGAGGAGAUACACGAGCUGAAGGUGCUGGCCAGGUCACUGGGACUCACGGCGUGCACCAUCCGGGAUGCCGGCCGCACCCAGGUUGAGUCUGGCUCGCUCACCGUGCUUGGGAUAGGCCCCGGUGAGAUUUCCGCCAUCGACCAGGUCACCGGCCAUCUCAAACUCCUCUGAUGACCAUUUGUGGGAAAAUAUAUACUCUCUAGUUAUGCAA